CACUUCAAAAGCCAGCAGUUUUGAAUCGUGUGGAGUGGUUUUUAGCAUCGUUGUUCCUGAGAAUCGUCAGAUAUUCGUUUCCCAUCGUCGGCGGCAGCACAUGUUACACGUGUUUUCAAGUUUGCGUCAUCAUGGAGUGCCUCAGUCGUCUCGCCUUUACACUCUCUCUACUCGUUUUGCUGGCGGUGACGCGUCCUGCCAACGCGGAAUUUAGCUGCUACUACUCCUGUGGCUCCUACUCUUCAAGCUACUCCUCUUGCUCGUCGUGCAAUCCAACCCAAGCCCAGGUGAUGGAUCAGUUCGUUUCGUGUGGCCUCUCGGGAUCCUCCAGCUCGCCCUACUGCUCUAUCUCGGGCGUUAGUUGCGACAGCAACGGCAUGAUCACGACGCUGGACCUCAGUUCUCGCAGUCUUGCCGGCUGCAGCAUUCCGUACAACAUCAGCAAGCUCACUGCACUCACAAGAAUGUCCCUUGCAGAUAACAAGAUCCUUGGAGUGAUACCGGACUCCUUCUCCUCCCUGACCUCCCUAAAAAAGCUUGAACUAUGGAAGAAUCAGCUCACUGGGAGCAUUCCUUCGGCGAUUUUACGGCUCUCACAGCUCUCUCACCUUGACCUUUCGAAGAACCAGCUCACUGGGAGCAUUCCCUCAGUGGGACCACCAUCCAAUUACUACUACGGCUACGGAGACAGCUCCAGCUACAGCCCCAGCUUCCUCAACGGCAUCUCCGGCUCCUCUAUCACUCUCAACCUGCAAGACAACCAGCUCUCCGGUGUCCUUCCUGCCUCCUUGGGGGCACGUGGUAAAUUAAACAUUGACUGGAAUAACUUUACGUGCCCGCUCAACGAGGGGGACUGCGUGCAGUAUCAGUUGGAAUACAGCCCGUUCUGCAACUUCUGCAAGAGCUUCUGCGCCACAUGCAACCCUUCAUACAUGGCAACCAUCAGAUUCAACCACUACCGUCGCCUAAGCAAGGGAGAAAUCGCAGCCAUUGUGUGCGCAUCUGUUGUCUUCGUUCCUCUUCUGCUUCUCAUUGUAAAGGGCAGUGGGAGUGUGGCAGAAACAGCAUUACCCGGAGACGCCGCUUUUGCAGCAUCGGCAGCACCAGCAGCAAGCACAGCAGCGGUGGCCGGAGCAGCAGCUGGAGCAGCAGGAGGGGCAGCAGCAGCAGCUGCAGCAGCAGCAGUGAACGAGAUGGCGACGAAGAGCCACCCGAACCUGGUGCGGCUGAUGGGGUACUGCUUCGACAUCAGCCCGGACACGGAGCGCAUGGAGCAGAUCGUCAUCUACGAGUUCGUCGACAACGGCGACCUCGACCGCUGGAUCGGCCCCCGGAGUAAUUAUCCCCUGUCUGUGCGUGUGCGGCUGGACAUUCUCAUUGGCAUGGCCCGUGGUCUCGAGUACCUGCACAGCUUUGGCAUUGUGCAUCGCGACAUCAAGCCUGCCAACAUCCUGCUGGAUAAGAACAUGCAGGCCAAGAUUGCAGACUUUGGGCUUGUGAGGCAUGGCGAGGGCACAUCAGUGAUUGCCACUCGAGUGAUGGGAACACCAGGCUAUGUGGACCCCGCUUACUACAAGUCACAGAAGGCAACGCCUAAGGCUGAUGUGCACAGCUUCGGAGUGGUGAUGUUGACGCUCAUCACAGCUCGCAAGGCCAUCUACAACGUGGACUCAGAUCAGUUCAACCUCAAGCAAUGGGUGGCUCCUCUGCUGGCAGCCGGCGAUGCUGCGGCCUUCAAGGACCCGCAGCUGGAGGCGCCGGACGACUUGGUGCUGCGCAUGGCGAAGCUGGCCCUCAGCUGCACCGCCAUGCCCACGGCCUCCCGCCCCUCCAUCAGCCGCGUGCUGGGCGAGCUGUUGGUGAUGAAGGAGGAGUUCCUGGGGCAGGAGGAGGACCGCAUGGCCGCCAGGAUCGACCGGCGCUCGCAGUAGUGGAGGGCUCUCAAGCAACCCAUGA